CAUUUUCAGAAACCCCUUUUCGUAUCUACUCCGUGGACUUUUUGCUUCUUUUUCAGAUCCUCUGAACACAAAAAAACACCAAAAACAUCUCAUCGCCGGCAAAACUAACUUCAACCCAAUAUGCUCUUCAACUCCAAUUAACCACACAACCUUAAUAUCCUCAAAAAAACAUCAUGGAUGAAAACAAAACAUCAUCGUUGUCGGUGCCGUCAUCACGGCCGUCAGUCACACUUCCAGCACGAUCCCAUAUCGAAAACAUGUUCACCGGAAGUGGAACAGAUGCUAGUCCGGGUCCGAUGACGUUGGUUGCAAACUUCUUUUCGGAGAAUGAUCCGGAUUCGGGUUGUCGGACUUUUUCUCAGCUUUUGUCCGGUGCUAUAUCGUCGCCGGCGGUGGUUUCUGACGGUGGGGAUAUGGGGUUGAGGUAUGGUGAUGAUGGUGGUGGGAACGUUGACUUUCGGUUUGUGAAUAAUGGACGGCCGGCGGGUUUGGUGGUUAGUCAACCGUCGGUGUUUACUAUUCCGGCGGGGAUGAGUCCGGCGAGCUUGCUUGAUUCACCGGGAUUUUUUCAACAAACUCAGGGCUCACUUGGAUUAUCUCACCAACAAGCAUUAGCUCAAGUCACAAGACAGGCUCCACAAGUGCAUCCUCAAUUACCACAAAUUCAUUCUUUUAACUCUAAAGCGACCACAUACCAACGACUUCCACCGUCCAUCCCAGACCAUAAUACUACACACGAAAUGUCUAAUCUACCCCCUGUAGCUGUUGAUAAGCCUGCUGAUGACGGCUACAACUGGAGGAAAUACGGUCAAAAACAGGUCAAGGGCAGUGAAUACCCGCGAAGUUAUUAUAAAUGCACUCAUCCUAAUUGUCCUGUGAAAAAGCAAGUUGAGCGGUCUGUAGAGGGUUUGGUGACGGAGAUUAUUUACAAAGGCCAGCACAACCAUCAAGCGCCUCAAUCCAAGCGUGGAAAAGAUACUGGUAGCGGUAGUUCAAGCCAAUACGAACAAGGGUCCGAGGGGCAAACAAGUAAUUAUGAACAUUCGGGAUCCAGUGACAGUGAUGAAGUUGGUGAUGAUGUAAGCAGAAUAGAUGACAGACAUGAAGAUGAACCUCAAGCAAAAAGGAGGAUUACAGAGGUGAGGGGUUCAGACCCAGUUGCAUCUUCUCAUCGGACAGAACCUCGGAUCAUAGUUCAAACAACAAGUGAAGUUGAUCUUCUUGAUGACGGCUAUAGAUGGCGCAAGUACGGACAAAAAGUUGUUAAAGGAAAUCCUCAUCCAAGGAGUUACUACAAGUGCACCCACCAAGGCUGCAAUGUCCGUAAGCAUGUUGAAAGAGCCGCAAGUGACCCAAAAGCCGUGAUAACAACAUACGAGGGGAAACACACGCAUGACGUGCCAGCAGCUAAAAACAGCAGCCAUAACAUAGCCGCCGCUCACCUUCCGCCACCAAAUCAUGCGUCCACAGGAGCGCAUUCUCUAAUCCGAAGACCAGAAUAUCCAAACCGACAACAACAACCACAACCCACCGCAGUUUUACAAUUCAAAGAAGAACAAAUAACAUAGUCGAUUCAAGUUUGUUACAACUGUGUAAGUCGUCUUUUGGUGAAGAUUUCUCGUAGCUUGUUGUUAUAGGUUCUAUUCGGUUAAACCGUAUCACACAACAUGAAAAAAGAGUAGAAGUUAGUUGAAACUUGAAAGUGCAUAUUAUAUUGUUGUAAAUCAUACGAAAGCUAAGUGUGUCCCAGAAUCAGUGGCUAGUGUUCUGUUUACUAUAACCUUUUUAAGAUCUUUGUCUUAAUGUUGUAUUGUUUGAAAAGUUGUUACAAGAAAGGUUCUUUUGACUGAAUCAAGUUGGUUGUGGAUUAAUAGA